ACCAUGGCAACAGAAGAGUCCAUCAUCCGCAUCCCUCCCUACUACUACAUCCAUGUCCUGGACCAGAACAGCAAUGUAUCCCGUGUGGAAGUCGGGCCGAAGACCUACAUCCGGCAGGACAAUGAGAGGAUACUAUUUGCCCCCGUGCCCAUGGUGACUGUCCCUCCACGCCACUACUGCACAGUGGCCAACCCUGUAGCUCGAGAUGCCCAGGACUCAGUGCUGUUUGACAUCACUGGGCAAGUACGGCUGCGCCAUGCUGACCUGGAGAUCCGGCUGGCCCAAGAGCCCUUUCCCUUAUACCCAGGGGAGGUGUUGGAAAAGGACAUCACCCCGCUGCAGGUGGUGCUGCCCAACACCGCCCUCCACCUUAAGGCGUUGCUGGAUUUCGAGGAUGAGAAUGGAGACAAGGUGGUGGCAGGCGAUGAGUGGCUCUUUGAAGGACCUGGCACAUACAUCCCCCAGAAGGAGGUGGAGGUCGUGGAGAUCAUUCAGGCCACAGUCAUCAGGCAGAACCAGGCCCUGCGGUUGAGAGCCCGCAAGGAGUGCAGAGACCGCGAUGGCAAGGAAAGAGUGACAGGAGAAGAAUGGCUGGUCCGGUCUGUGGGUGCAUACCUGCCAGCAGUGUUUGAGGAGGUUCUCGACUUGGUGAAUGCUGUGGUCCUCACAGAAAAGAUAGCCUUGCACCUCAGGGCUCGGCAGACCUUCCGGGACUUUAGGGGUGUGACCCGCAGAACUGGAGAGGAAUGGCUGGUGACCGUGCAGGACACAGAGGCCCACGUGCCAGAUGUCCAUGAGGAGGUGCUGGGGAUCGUGCCCAUCACCACCCUGGGCCGCCACAACUACUGUGUGAUUCUCGACCCUGUGGGACCAGAUGGCAAGAACCAGCUUGGGCAGAAGCGUGUUAUCAAGGGAGAGAAGUCUUUCUUCCUACAGCCAGGCGAGAGGCUGGAGCAAGGCAUCCAGAACGUGUAUGUGCUGUCGGAGCAGGAGGGACUGCUGCUGAGGGCCCUGCAGCCCGUGGAGGAAGGGGAGGAUGAGGAGAAGGGGGCCCACCAGGCGGGGGACCGCUGGCUUAUCAGAGGGCCGCUGGAGUACGUGCCGUCUGCCAAGGUGCAGGUGGUGGAAGUGCGUCAGGCCAUCCCUUUGGAUGAGAAUGAGGGCAUCUACGUGCAGGACAUCAAGACUGGAAAGGUGCGCUCUGUGAUUGGAAGCACCUACAUGCUCACAGAGGAUGAAGUCCUGUGGGAGAAGGAGCUGCCUCCUGGAGUGGAGGAGCUGCUCAACAAGGGGCAGGACCCCUUGGCGGACAGGGGGGAGACGCGGGUGACGAAGCCCCUUCAGCCAUCGGUCCCCCGGAACAAGACCCGGGUGGUCAGCUACCGUGUCCCUCACAACGCUGCGGUGCAGGUGUAUGACUACAGAGAGAAGAGAGCUCGCGUGGUCUUUGGGCCUGAGUUGGUGUCACUGGGACCGGAGGAGCAGUUCACAGUGCUGUCUCUCUCGGCCGGCCGGCCCAAGCGUCCCCACUCCCGCCGUGCUCUCUGCCUGCUCCUGGGGCCUGAUUUCUUCACAGACCUCAUCACCAUUGAAACGGCAGACCACGCGAGGCUGCAGCUCCAGCUUGCGUACAACUGGUAUUUUGAGGUGACUAACCGGAAUGACCCCCAAGAGACAGCCAAGCUCUUCUCAGUACCCGACUUUGUGGGGGACGCGUGCAAGGCCAUUGCAUCCCGGGUGCGAGGGGCCGUGGCCUCUGUCACCUUUGAUGACUUCCACAAGAACUCAGCCCGCAUCAUUCGCGCUUCUGUCUUUGGCUUUGAGACUGUGGAGGGCAGGGAGCCCAGCAGUGCCGCUCUUCUCAAGCCCCGAGACCGGGCCGUCUUCCCUCAAAAUGGACUGGUGGUCAGCAGCGUGGAUGUGCAGUCUGUGGAGCCUGUGGACCAGAGGACCCGUGACGCCCUGCAGCGCAGUGUCCAGCUGGCCAUUGAGAUCACCACCAACUCCCAGGAGGCAGCUGCCAAGCACGAAGCUCAGAGACUAGAGCAAGAAGCCCGAGGCCGGCUUGAGAGGCAGAAGAUCCUGGACCAAUCAGAGGCCGAGAAAGCUCGCAGGGAGCUCCUGCAGCUCGAGGCUCUGAGCACGGCUGUGGAGAGCACUGGGACGGCCAAGGCGGAGGCAGAGUCCCGUGCGGAGGCUGCUCGGAUUGAGGGAGAAGGCUCCGUGCUGCAGGCCAAGCUGAAAGCGGAGGCCUUGGCCAUCGAGACAGAGGCUGAGCUCCAGCGGGUAAAGAAAGUGAGGGAGCUAGAGCUCGUCUAUGCCCGCGCGCAGCUGGAGCUGGAGGUGAGCAAGGCCCGGCAGCUGAGUGAGGUGGAAGUAAACAAAUUCAAGCAAAUGACAGAAGCCCUGGGCCCCAACACCAUCAGGGACCUUGCUACAGCCGGGCCAGAAAUGCAGGUCAAACUGCUUCAGAGCCUGGGCCUGAAAUCGACCCUUAUCACUGACGGCUCCACUCCCAUCAAUCUCUUCAGCACAGCCUUAGGUCUGCUGGGGAUGGGGUCCGAGGCCGAACCUCCAGUCAAGAAGGCGGCUGGUGAGCCCAGCCCCCAAGGCUUGCAUCAGCAGAGCCCACCUGCCCCUCACAUUCUCAGGGGCGUCCCUAUCAUGCCUUAA